UAUACUUACAACACGAAUUAUCCUCUAGGAGAUCCAAUUAAAGACGACUCCGAAGCACUGGAAACGGAUGAAGUAUUUUUCUGUCACAUCCGCAAGGAUCAUGAAUCGCAGGGCGUACCAAUUGAUUUCAUUCAGCAUGAGCAGCCUGUCGAUUUGAUGAUUCGUUUGAUCUCUAGUCAGUCAGAUCUGGAAGCUGUUCAACCCAACUCGAAUGCGCUGACUAACUUGUCAUCAUCAACACUGCUGCCCAGGCGAUGUCCCGAUCUGCAUGCAUUUAGGACUUCCUUAUGGCAAAGCCUGACUCCUGAUCUCGCAGGAAAGAAAACUAAGGUGUUGACACCUCUGUUAAUUCGCCUUGUCAGGUGA